UCGCCAUCUGAAACACAUUAUACACAAUCAAUCUCUAAUUCACUCCGACUAUUUUCUGCUUAUCUCACAGAUUCAUUCAAUAUCAAAAUAAACACGGUCAUAACAACACAAUCUACGGUCAGUGAUCAACACACACACACACACGCACACACGUAUAUCAUACAGUUAAUUGUCAGUGAGAUAACCGAACACGAUAGAGAGAGACAAUUUGCAUUGAUAAAUAAUUCUGGCAGUAACAAUUCAAUCGACACGCAGUUAUCGAAAAGCCUGUCGUAGAAGAAAUAUGACUUCAUGUGCAGAGAAAUAUGCCAACAAACAGCAUAUUAUCGCUGAUCGUCUACGAUUGACUUCAAGUCCAUUGGUGCGUGCAUGUUUAGGCGAAUUCAUGGGUUCAGUCAUUUUGAUGAUCUUCGGUAGUGGUGUGCUAGCACAAGUGAUCCUGGGUGAUCAUGGCAAACAUGCUCAUGGAACAUUCAUUUCAAUCAGUAUGGGAUGGGGUUUCGCAGUGUACAUGGCAGUAAUGUUCUCAGGACAGUGUGGUUCUGGACACUGUAAUCCAGCCGUAACUCUGGCAGCUGCAGUCGUCGGUAAACUGCCAUUCCGUCGAAUACCGUUUUAUACAUUCUUUCAAAUACUCGGUGCUUUCCUCGGUUCAUUGGUUGUCUUCGCCUUAUAUCGUGAAAAAAUCACUGAAUAUGCCAAAUUGCAUGAUAAUGGGAAGUUGUUGGUGAAUUCUACAGGUGGUAUAUUCGUCACUAAUCCAUCGGCAUCUCACCUCACAUGCUUUCUCGAUCAAAUUCUCGGCACUGCAUUGUUGACAGCAGGAGCGUUCGCCAUCACCGAUCCAAAUGGAUGGAAACUUCCUGACUACUUACACCCACUACAUUUGGCGUUUAUGGUCUACGCUAUUGUUGGUUGUUUCGCAUUGAAUGCUGGAGCUGCUCUAAAUCCAGCUCGUGAUUUGGGACCCAGACUCAUGAUAUUUAUAUUCGGUUGGGGUAACCAAGCAUUCAGUGGAGGAAACUACUUCUUCUGGAUACCAAUAGCUGGACCGUAUAUUGGUGCUGUGAUCGGUGCAGUCUUAUACGAAUUGACUAUCGGUAUACAUCUGGAUAGGAAAUCCGACUUCGUUGUGGACUAUGAUUAUGAAGAAUCACAACGCGAUAGUAAGAAGUUGAUGGCGUCUGCAUCACCGUAAUCGUUGACAACCAGAAACAUUCCUCCCACUCCUUUUACUCUAACACUCACACACACGCAAACACAAACACACACUUUUAUUAUCGUUGAUGCAUAACAACCAUUCUCAUUGUUUUCAUCAUUCAGAUUUUUUAAAUAUUUAACAUUGUAAAAUAGUCUGUUGAUUCACAUUUCAUUCAGAUCACUUGAUCAUUCGAUGUUACCAUCUAUGCCAAAAUGCAAGAUAUGCAAAUACACAAUUCAUGUUCUCAAUAAAAUCGAAAAUACACAAUUUGUUAAGUUCACUGAUGAAAGUAUUUGUUUGUUGUUUUUCGGUAGUCUUAUCGAAACACUCUAUCUCAGAACAUUCGGCACAUGGAACACGUUAACAUCUCAGUGGACGUAAUCAGGAAUGUAAUAUUGCUUUAAUCAAUCUUGUGCAUUCUCACUUUAUACCGAAUUCCGUUUACCACUAAACUGACAACUCGGAUCAGUGUAGAUCGACAGUGUGUUUUGUUACACAAUGUGGUAGAACGUUCACAGAUUACCAAUUAGAGAAUUGUGAAGUGUUUGAGAAAUACAAACAAUUGUUCAACUCAUAAAUCGCUCUCCUCAUUAAGAUUAAUUUUGUAGAUUAUUUGAAAUGAACAGGUGUGACUAGUCGAGUGAAUAGAGUACUCAUAGCAUUCAUUGAUGCUGUGGAUAGAAUAAUGAUAGAAUGAUCAACUAACUGAAAGUGAAUCCAUCGGAUUCGGUCUGCACCAAGUACUAAAUAAACAUGGAAUUGGUCACUACUCAACGAUUAAUUUUUGGUGAACAAUUCUUGAGACCAUUUGUUUAAUAGCUGAAGUAACAACGUCUGACACUGUGAAACUGAUUAAGAUGGCUUAAAACUCUCAGACAAUUGAUGAAUAUCAUCUAACACGAAACGUAGGUGAAUUCAAGUAUUCUCCAACUGCCUCCAACUACAUAAUAUCUCAACAAAGGUUACAUAGUGUAAAGUCAAUUAAAGCGGUGGUUUCAUUAUAACUUGUUAGCACAAGCUUCUUGUAUGAUUGUUCACCCUCCACAAUUCAAAUGAUCAAUAACCACACGUUCAGGUUUCUUGAAAUAAACUAUAAUUCCAUUUAGUAGUUUGUGUAGAAAUUUAAUGAUUCACAUAAGAUCCC